AUGUCAGUGGGUUACUGGUUUUCCUUAUUUUACAGAUGGGGUCGAGGAUUUGGUCUUUUGGGUUCCAUUUUUGGAAAGGAUGGUGUAUUAAACCAGCCAAACAGUGUCUUUGGACUUAUAUUUUAUAUACUACAGUUAUUACUUGGCAUGACAGCAAGUGCAGUUGCAGCUUUAAUCCUCAUGACGUCCUCCAUCGUCUCUGUGGUAGGGUCUUUGUACCUGGCCUACAUUCUGUACUUUGUGCUGAAGGAGUUUUGCAUCAUCUGUGUUGUCACAUAUGUGCUGAACUUCAUUCUUCUCAUCAUCAACUACAAACGACUAGUUUACUUGAACGAGGCCUGGAAACGGCAUCUGCAGCCCAAGCAAGACUGACAACAGGGCGAACUCUUAACUGACAGUCUCCAGUCUCUUUUUCCAUUAAGUUUAUUUUGCAGCUUUUUUUUUUUUUUUUUUUUUUUUGGUUAUUCUUCACAAUAGUCACUUUCCCUAAGAAUCUUAAACUGAUUUUUUAAAAAUCCUGUAAAUUAGAAGGGGCCCUAGCUAUUUACUGUGUCAAUCUUCAUUAUAAAUAUGGAUAAAAAAAAAGGAUACGCCGAGCCAAUCAAAGACAAGCUUUAACUUUACUUUGAAGAUGUUUCUGAAAUAACAAAAUGUAGCCCGAGCCCCCUUCCCUCAAUCGUAAAGUGAGCAACCAUUGCUAGUAAUUCUUUAAUGUGUAUAAAUUCAACUUUCAGGUAUAACAAAUGUGAUCAUGACAUGAAAAUAUUUUAGAAUAGAUACUGUAUUAAAUAUUGCCAUGUUUACAAUAUGUAAUAUGUUUUUAGCUGAUGGAUUUAAACAUGUAGAUUCAACUAGAAUCCAUUUAUGUGAUAUUUGUAAAUAAAGGUAGAAAUAUUGGAUCCAUCCCUGCAGAAUUUACUGUACAGUUUAGUAGAAGUAUAGCAAUGAAGAAUUGUCAGCUCAACGUUGACCAAUGAAAUAGAGAAAAUAGUAAGCCCACACAAGAGCAUCUUGUGAGAAGUGCUGACAGUCAUGGGUGCAGCAUUGACAGCAAAAAUUGUGGAGUGGUUGGUUUCCUUUUCUCUCUCUCCUCUGAAAGGAAGACUAAAUUUGAAUGUGCAAGUCAAGUUUGUGUCUAGUCAUAAAACUGGAUCAACGCUAACCCUACAGAACCUUCAAAGUCCAAGCCCCUCAGGAUGCUGAUGAUGGGAAAAUUGGUAUAUUUCUUUGGAGAAAAGCUGGAAAUAUUAUUAUGGCAUUUUUAGGUAAGAUCUCUUAAAAGAAACAGUUGAAUUUUCAGAUAUGUUUCUGUAACAUCAGUGCCAGUCAUCCAAACAGUAUUACAACUUUGAAAUAACCAGUAUAAGCCUCGCCACUCCAGGGUAGGAUUGCUCUUUGGUAGCUCCUUAGUGUUUCCCCAGUUGUUUCUUUCUGCGCUAAUUGGAUGUCACUAAUUGUUUUAGAGUCAGAUACUGGAUUGGUAAACUUUGGAGCUGACACAUUGCUCAGUUUGCUGAAGGUAGAAACAGCUGAAGGUAAAGCAGUAAUGAAGUCACUGAGCUUUCUAAUAACUACACAAAUGCAGUGGGGAGUUUUUACAAGUGAUUUGAAUUAACCCAAAUGGAAUUGUGACAGUAUGUUUCUAUGGUUAACAUCUUAUAUCAGAAAGUUAAAAGUGCCUUCUGUCUUAAAUCUCAAACCAAAUACUUUGCGUGUUGAACUUGGGCAGAAGUGUCCUUCCUUCCUUUCUUACCAGGAAGUAGAAAACUUGCAUGCUACAGAAAGGUUCUCUAUGAUCAUUUUAUUCCUUAGCUUGAGAAGUAGAAGCAGUGUUUUUACUUCCAAUCUGAUUAAUCAUUAUGUUCAAAAUAGUUAGACUGGUCAUUUUUGAUUGCUUUAUUUGCCCUCUUUUUGAAGGGGGGACAGGCUCUGCUCUGUAAACUAAAAUGUAUAGUCAGCAACUGUGUCAUUUCCAACUCACUCUCAUAUUUGAUGCAGUGUAGGUCUCCUGACUCAAGGCAGGUAUAAAAUUUGAAUUAUAAUCAACUUUUAACCAGUUUAACAAGUUUCAUAAAAGAUAGCUUGAUUCAGAUUUCAUCAGGGCGUAUGUUUUCCCAUGAAUGUGAAUAUUUCCAUGCCUAUUACGUAUGUAUUUUUCUUGUAUUCUUCAAUAGUUAAAGAACUCUAGAAAAGCAUUGGUUGGAUGUCUGGUGUUUAUGGAAAAAUAAGUCCUCCUGUGUGAGAACUGUAUGGUGAGGUCAACCCGUAGUGGUGCAUCCGCUUACCAGAGUGGUUUACUGAUUCUCUUUCCUAAGCUUCAGUGGAAGUGGUUAAGACUUCUGUGGUAUAAACAAUGCUGGUUGUGCUAAACAAAUUCCUUGUGUCCCAAUUUAAAAUAGUUUUCAUCAUAUUUUGUACCAAUCAGCAGAGUAUGGUUAAAGCUUGUCUUGAUGUUGCCUUCUUGCAAAUGUCUUCAGCUCUUCCAUGAGAAAACAUAUAAAAAUGUUCAGCCAGACCCUUUGAGUUUUUCCUUUGCUUUCCUAUGCCUUGGGGAAAACCACUGUUUUAAGUUGUAUAAAAAGUUUUGCCACAUUCCUACGACCCGGUAGAAUACCCCUUUCUCACAGAGAUGAACACGUGCUGCCUGGAAGAACAGUAUUGUACCGCCAGUAUCUCAGCAAACAAUCCUGGUGGGUGCUGUUAGUAUUUUUUGCCCUGGAAGAAGUUAGGCUCUCCUCUAUAAUUUCUCUUCUACCCAGAAAAGGGGAAAAUACCAUGUUACAAAUUUUGAAGAUCGUUAUGACAAUUUUAACGUGAAUAUUUAAACACUACAGCAUUACUAGCCACUAAUGUCAAAGGUCAGAUUAGGAAAAAAAAUUUUUUUAACAAUAAUUCCAUGCUUCAUGUUUUUGAAAUGGUUUGUAACAAAUGAAGACUCUCAUUCUGUAGUCCUAAAUAUCACUUGAAGAAAUAAAAGAAUUUGCGUUAGAUGAUGAACUCCAGGGAAUCCUGAGUGGUUUGGAGAAUUUCAUUUGGUUUUUCAACUCCAGGUAGUUGUUGUCAUUGAGGGUAGACUUCUGGUGAAAUAAUGCAGGUUUAACCAGCUGUCUGCCAGGAAUUACUUUUAUUUGAUAUAUGUAGGCUCUCCUUAAAUUCGUUACUUUUAAAGAAAGUUGAAAGCGUUGAUUAUUUUCAUACAAAGAAACAAAGACUUGUUAUUCGGUAUAGGGAUCUCUGGACCUAUUAGGUAUGAUACAGGACUAAGACUACAAUGAAAUUAAUACUGUUUGUUGGCUUUUGUUUAAAUUGUUUUUCUUUUAAAAGACUCUUCAGCAAUUACGUAGUAACUCAGGUCAGUACCACGGCUUGAAGCCAGUGAACACUGGCAGCAGAUCUUGUCUUUAAAAUCAGUAUUAGACACAUGCCAAUGAAGAAACCCCACUGUCAUUUCUGGUAACCUGCUUGGGGAGAUGUUGCUAAAAAUGCAACUUUUGCCCUCAUGUAUUCUCCCAACACACACGCCUUGGUGGAACUUUUCUAUUCAGAUAUUUUAGGCAGCACUUAUGAUUCCUAACUUGUGAGAACUACCCUUCAGUAACACAAAAGGGGUUGGGGUGGGAGUCCAGGCUACACUUGGCUAAACUUUUUUUUUUUUUUUUCAAAAACUAGCCCAGUAAAGGUGAAAUGUUUUGUUCUAAAACUGUAUUAAGCAUGGCCUAAGUAUGAGGUGUAUGAUCUGUAUAGUAUGUUCCAUCAAAAAUAUUUAUUACUCGUGCUUGAAGCUCCAGAGUAAACACUGAUUUCAAAUGGAGUUCACUGGGCAGAAUUCCCCUUUAAUAGAGAUAGAAAUAUUCUUUAUCAGAGAUAUAGGACACCGUUUUGCUAACUGGUAAAUAAAAACAAAUGUAAAUAUGUAAGAAUGUUUAUUUGUUGCACAUAACUUUUUUGGUAUAAAAUAAAUGUAGACGUUACCUGUGGAAAUUGUGAUGCCAUCAUUCUUACUACUUUCCAGAAAAGAAGCGGAACUCUUUAGACCUAGUAAGUGCUUUAUAUUCUUGAAGUUGACACUAACCUCUUUUCUAUAGGUGUUCUGAGUUGGCUGUUUUUUCUUGAAUUAUAUGUAACGUAUAGAAGAUACAGAGUUCCUAGAUGUUCCAGUUCUUAGAAUUCUUU